GCGGUGUUCCAGGGCUGAAAGCGCAACCUGCUCAGGUUCCUCUCUCGUUAGCCCCGACCCCGCGUUCACGGUUCCAUCCGCGCCGCCCCCGCCCUGGCGGCCGCCUCUCUGCCCCGGGCGGGUCAGCAGAAGCGCGUCACGGGGCGCGCUCGGAACCGCUGCUCCCGGUGCGGGCGAUGCGGCGGAGCCGCUGCGUGCCGCCGCUUCGGACUCCGGGACAAGCGACAGCCGGGGACCUGCCCGGCAGUCACGGGCACUCCAGCCCUCCCAGGAGGAUAAGGGGUGGUGUUGGCGCCCGCUCGGAGCUCAGCACCUUGCGUGGGAUCCCAGCAAGACCCCCUCGCUGUCUAGCUCCGAUCCGGGCGGCCUUUCCCGGAGCCGACUUUUUGCCUCUGCGCGGCGUCUCCUUGCCGUGGCGACGAUGCGACCAGAGCCGAGCGGCGCGGGGUCCUUGUCCCCUCUCGGCUCGCUUUGUCCCCAGCUGCCCCGCUUCGCUCCCCCCGCCCCGGCAGGAGGGCAGGAAGCACCGGGCUUGGUCGGGGCGGGCCGCCUCCUCCGCCUGGUGUGAUCAGCAUCCCCGGGCUGCAGAGCAGGCAGCACCGGGCCGGCCCCGCCGAGCAUCGCCGCUCCGAACCGGCGUGGCUCCGGGCUCGGGCCAGCCGGGCUGUGCUACCGGCCGGGGGCUGGUGCCGAGCCGGGUGAGGCGCCGGAAGGAGUGGGAAGUAGGAAAAGGAACUGAGUGAAGGUCGCCGUGUCUUGUGGGGCGGCGGCAGGGAGUGAGCGUAUGUGCGGGGCGCAGCAUGGCUAUUCUCCGGUUUCUCUUCUGAUCGCAUUAAUCUUUCGCCCUUUACUGAACAUUUCCGUGGAGGGAAAACAAGUACGAGUCUUACGAAAAUUUUAGUGGCUCCAUUGCGGUGGAGCUAACCAUUUACGGCUAAAGAAAGAGCGAAUGCUGAGCUCAUUGGGGUGGGUUGUCGGUAAUUAAUUGCGGCAAUGGGGAAUAUAAGCGAUCCCUAGCGGUUCGGGCCGUGCGGAAAAUGGAUUUGCUGCGGCACCGCAGUCAGCAACACCACCUCGCCCCUCCCAUCCGCGCCGCCGGCUCCGCCUCCCGUUGCGGCCGCCCCGGACGGGGCUGAUUUGCAUGCCCAGGGUGCUCCGCGGCCCCGCGGUGCCCGGCGCUGCGGCCGCUGCCCCUCCCGGGCCCUGGGGGCUGCCCGGUGUGUGCGUCCCGCGGGGCCCGGCCGGGCGGGGAUGCGGGGCCGGGGCCCGCGGGCGGGCUGGCGUCGCCCUCACCUAUGGGGGGUGGAGCAGAUGGUGGCUAUGUCGGACAGGUAUAUCGGAUCAUACUCUGGUUUCUCUUCAGAUCGUAUAAAUCUUUCGCCUUUUACUAAAGAUUUCCGUGGAGAGGAACAGGCACGAGUGUCGAGGAAUUUUUUGAGGCUCUGCUUCGGCGGAGCUACAUUUUAUGCGGUUAAUAAAAGACUUCA